UGUAUCGGUUGCUCUUUAAAACCAGUAACGCCGAAUUCGUUAUCUAAGAUGGAUCGUUGGGUGGGAAAAGUCGCUGUCGUAACAGGAGCUAGUGCUGGAAUAGGGGCUGCAACAGUCGAAGCACUAGUCAAACAAGGCCUAAUUGUUGCUGGGUUCGCCAGAAGAAAAGAAAGGAUUGAAGAACUCGCGAAAAAAUUACAAGCGAGUAAUGCUAAGGGAAAACUGCAUGCGGUCAAAGUCGACAUGACAAAAGAAGACGAAAUAAUCGAUGGGUUCAAUUGGGUUAAGAAAAAUCUGGGGCCAAUACACGUCCUUGUAAAUAACGCAGGAGUUGCAAGAUUCAAUUCAUUAGUCGACGGUGAUACACAGAAGUGGAAGGAAAUAAUUGACACGAAUGUGAUAGGAUUGUGUAUAGCUACAAGAGAAGCUGUUAAAGACAUGAGGGCUAACAAUGUAAAUGGUCAUAUCAUUCAUAUUAAUAGUGUUGCUGGACAUAAAGUACCAUCUAUUCCCAAUGCCAAUAUUUAUCCUGCCAGCAAGUAUGCUGUUACAGCUCUAACUGAAACCCUAAGACAUGAAUUUAUCCAAAACAAAUUAAAAAUUAAAAUAACGAGUAUAAGCCCAGGGUAUGUAAAAACUGAAAUUUUUGAAGCAAGUGGUAUCAAAAUUGAUCCCAACAACCCGGCCUUCGGCAACAUGGAAGGUUUAGUUGGAGAAGAUAUAGCAAACAGCGUUUUAUAUGUUUUAGGUACCCCUCCUCAUGUUCAAAUCCAAGAAUUGACAAUUGCUCCAUUACACCAACCAUCAUAACGUAGACUAAGUUACUGUUAUGUACCAAUUUAUAAUGAAUUUUUAAAAUAAACGCAUUAAUUUAAACCUG